GUCGUAGUUAAGAAUUAUCUCGAGUUUCUCAAAGAGGCUGUGUGUAGGGCUCAGUCUUGCCACGACUAAGUAAUGAAUUGUCAAGAGAAGGUCUACCAUGGAGGGAGUUCUCUAUAAAUGGACCAACUAUAUUAGCGGUUGGCAGCCUCGUUGGUUUGUUCUUGAGGGAGGCACUCUUUCUUACUAUGACUCGCAAGAAGAUGCAUGGAAAGGAUGCAAGGGCAGCAUCAAAAUAUCUGUGUGUGAAAUACAGGUUCACCCGUCGGAUUUCACAAGGGUUGAUCUGAUCAUUCCAGGAGAACAAUACUUUUAUCUCAGGGCGAUUAAUGCAGCAGAGAGACAGAAAUGGCUUGUGGCAUUAGGGACUGCAAAAGCCUGUCUCACAGACAACCGGACCAAGAGAGAGAAGGAGCUCCAGGAAAACACAGAGGCUCUGAAAACAAAAAUGUCUGAGCUAAGGCUUUACUGUGACCUUCUCCUUCAGCAAGUGAACAAAAUUCAAGAAAGUUCUGUAGCAGAGACAACAGCUGAUUUGGGGGAGGCAGGGGAUGAGACUGGAAAUCUAGUGAAGUCCACAUGCACCACCUUCUUGAAGACUCUGGAGGAGUGUAUGCAGAUUGCUAGCCGGACCUUCAAUCCAGAUCUUCUGAGUCGGACCCCUCCAGGCUCUCCUCCUGUGGCUACCAUCAAACCUCAGAAGAUCAAACCUGUUGAUCCAAGAAAUCAGCACCCAGGAGAAAAACAAAAGGACUUAACAAACAUCUCAGGAACAUCAGCACAUGACAGUGGACCAGAAAACGAACCACCUCCAUCUCCUCAAGAAGACAUGCCUACAUCUAAUACAGGAAGUGGUUUAAUGGAAGACCAAAAGGAGCCCAUGGAGCCUCCUAUUGGCUCUUCAUCAAGCACAGAGGACCCUGAAGAAUCUGUAGGAGAGGAAAAGGACAAACCGACAGAAGAAGCAGACCUUGCCCAAAAAAAACAAGAGGAAGUCUCACCGAGCCCUACACAGAACAAAGAAGAGGUCACUGAAGAAAUCCAGGCUGACCUGGAAGUGAAUGAGCCUCAAUCUGAGAAUAAACAGGAAGAGGAAGAUAAGGUGGACACAUUCUUCAGUACCAUGAGCCACAGAUUUAGUGAUAUAAUACUGGAGGACGACAGUGGUAUUCCCACACAAGCCUUUUUGGAUUCUUGCUAUGCUAUAGUACCAGUUUUAGACAAGCUUGGACCAACUGUCUUUGCUCCAGUAAAAAUAGAUUUUGUGGGAAACAUUAAGAAAAUCCAGCAGAAGGUAGUGUCCGAUCCAGAGAGUUUCCCCACCCUGCAGAGCAUUGUUCUGCAUGAGGUGGAGACGGAGGUGGCACAGGUGCGCAACUCAGCCACAGAAGCGCUGCUGUGGCUUAAACGUGGACUAAAGUUCCUCAAAGAAUUCCUUUCUGAAAUCAAUAAAGGGAUGAAGGAUGUCCAAGGAGCUCUUAAUAAUGCAUAUGGAAAGACACUACGACAGUAUCACGGAUGGGUUGUUCGAGGUGUCUUUGCACUGGCUCUACGGGCCGCCCCGUCUUAUGAGGGCUUCAUGGCUGCUCUGGUUUCUCAUGAAGGCGAUGAGCUGAAGGAAGGCUUUAUGACCGGCAUGCAUCGAGACCUGGACGUCUACCUGCCUGCCAUGGAGAAUCAGCUGUCCAUCCUGGAUGCUCUCUAUGAGGAGUACGGCUUGGAAUCAGACGAAGUCGUGUGACUAACACAAACUCACCGGCACAGCGAACAGAGCUUGCUUCUGACGGAGCUCAUCGGUUUCAGUGGUGAAGUGUAACUUCCGCUACAGUAACCAAACCCAAAGUUAGUAUUGAAGAAGACAGGGAGGUUACUGUGAGAGCAAGGCUCAGUACUAGCAUGUUGGAUAAUGUGGCAUCUGCAGACUCUAGUAAGUCAUCCCUGCAAAAUUUUACCGGCCGCAUCAAAAUAAUGCUAGCUGAAGGGGGCAGGGUGUGAUUCCAAGUGUUUUCAGGGAACAGCUAUAUUUUUAGAAACCUUCAGUGGCGUGAUCAAGUGUUUUGUUGACAUUGGUUGUGUUUUUUCAUGCACUUUUAGGCAUGAGAGUACAAACGGCAGAUAAGCUGAAGGUAUUGUAUUGGCAGUGAAAGUAUUAGUCGCAGUAUCCUUAUUUACAGCAAAACUGCACAUGUGCUUUUCUUCUCAUUUGAAAUAUCACAUUACUUUGUUCAGAUACUCGCAUCUCACUCGUUUUAGACUAGCACAAGACUAAGAAGUUAUUUGGCGACUUUUGGGGAUUCGGAUAAACAUGCAAUGUAUUUGUAAAACCAAGUACUUAUGUUAAGUAUACCGAUACUGUGGUGGGCUAUUUUUGCAGUGGCAUAAUCUUAGUUUAAACACAUUGACAGUGGUUUAAGACUUGGUGAGAGGGACCAAAGGAGAGUUUCUAUUUAAUGAUUUAGCAGAGAGAUUUCCUCUACAAAAGGAAAGAUGUCAUGAUAUUUCCUCAGUGACUUUAUUUAUUGACUUAUUUAAAUGAAUAUUAAUUAUAACUGUUGAUUUUAUUGUAAGUAUCAAACUAUGCUUACUCUCAAAUCAUAUGAAUGAUACUAAUGUGUGCAUGUUACGUUGCAUGGGUUUUGUUUUUAUAUUUCAAAAUGAGUCAGAUUUAGAUUACUAAAUGAUUAGCACAUAAUAUGAGGAUGACUGUUCUCUUAGGUUUACAUUUGAUUCUAAAUGCAUUCCACAAAGUUUUAAACUAAAAUUAGACGAACCAUUGACUUUAUGCCUUCCUAACAUUGUAAAUGUCAGAUUUUUCAUGGUGUUCCAAACCUGUAUGACUUAUAAAUGCUGAGAUAUUUCUUAAAAUAUCUUCUAUGUUCUACAUAAGACAUUAAGUGAGGGUGUUGACAAACCUGUAUGAGUUUCUUUCUUCUGUUGAACACAAAAUAAGAUACAGCUGAAGUCAAAAGUUUACAUACACCUUGCAGAAUCUGCAAAAUGUUAAUAAUUUUACCAAAAUAAGACGGAUCAUGAGUCCCUUGUUCUUCAGAAAAAUAGUAGUAAAAAAUAGUUCCCAGAUAGUACGUCUGCAAGAUUACUUGAUCUAGAAAGCAUCAGCUGUGUACAUACAUCUGACAUACAUCUGUAAGAUGUCAGUUUUACAUACAUUCUAAAUCAUAAACAUCUUAAAGACAUCUAACAGACGUCUAUUUGACAUCUGAUAGGAAACGUCCUAUCUAAAAAAUAAGUUUUGCAGAUGUAAAUGCAGACGUCAAAUAGAAGUCUCUGAGAUGUACGUGUGCUAUCAGGUGAGGGACUCAUAUGCAACUAUUACAGAAUGUUCAAACAUUCACUGAUGCUCCAUAAGAAAACAAUCCAUUAAAAGCCAGGGGGUGAAAACUUUUGAACAGAAUGAAGAUGUGUGCAUUUUUCCUAAUAUGUGUGCAUAUUUUGCCUAAUUGUCAUAUUUUGUUUUGUUUAGUACUUCCCCUCAGAGGCUAUAGAAGAUAUUUAAAUGUUUCCCAGAAGACAAAAUAAGCUAAAUUUACCCUGAUCUUUAAAUUCAAAAGUUUUCACCCCCCGGCUCUUAAUGCAUUGCUUUUCCUUCUGGAGCAUCAGUGAGUGUUUGAACCUUCUGUAAUAGUUGCAUGAGUCCCUCACCUGAUAGCACACGUACAUCUCAGAUACGUCUAUUUGACGUCUGCAUUUACAUCUGCAAAAUGUAUUUUUUAGAUUGUCCUCAGUUGUCCUCAGUGUGAAAAGACGGAUCUCAAAACCAUACAGUCAUUGUUAGAGGGGUUCAAAUACACAAAAAUGUGGAAAAAACACAGAAUUUGUUGGACAUGAAGGAAUUUUCUGAAGAAUAGCAGGCAGUUCAACUGUUCAGGACAAACAAGGGACUCAUGAACAACCAUCACUAAACAAAACAAUAAACAACUGUGGAUCAUUCAGGUAACAACACAGUAUUAUGAAUCAAGUGUAUGUACAUUUUUGAACAGGGCCAUUUUUAUAAAUUAUUUUCUCUUUGUGCAUUUUGUAUGAUCCCUCUUAUUUUGGUAAAAUAAUUAACAUUUUGCACAUUCUGCAAGGUCUAUGUCUUUUGACCUCAACUGUAUUUUGAAGAAUGUUACAAAUCAGUAACAAAUCUGUUGACACAGCUAUUGACUUCCAUAGUAUGGAAAAAAUAUAUAUGUUUGGAAGUCAGUGGCUACCAUCAACUGUUUAGUUACCAACAUUUUUCGAAAUAUCUUAUUUUUGGGUAACCUAUCCCUUUAAAUUUAAUUGAAAAGCAGAGCUCUGUUAUAGCAGCAUUAAGGAAUAGCACACAGGAUCCAUAUUGUCAUUCACUAGUAUUAAAAUGUGUCUACAUGUUAUGCAUUUUAUAUGUAUUUGUAAUUUUUAAAUUGUAUGUCAUUUAUACUGAAUUGCCUGCAGUGUUUUUAAUCUUUUUAUUCACAAAAUAUGCAAAAUUUCAUGCAAAAUAGAUGGGUUUUGUAUUUUCAAAGUCAUUAGGUGACCAAUAACAGGCAUUAUCCAUUCAAGUGACCAUUUUAGACACAAGUAAUGUGACAUCGUUGUUAUGAAACUCAAUCCUUCAAUAUCUGGAUGUGGUUGCUGGGAUACUCUCGCCACAACAAGGAUGAUCUCUAGACUCAAUAAUAAGGGCCAAGAAUAGAAGGAUUGUUUUUACAUGCACUUGUGCAUGUGUGAUAGAGGGAAAACGCUUUCUGAGGUUUUUGUUUGUCAGAACACACACCAAAUAACCAGAGGCAGUGGUUUGCUCUGAAUGUUUUGAGAAUGUAUUCUAGUAAAUAAAUAUACUACUACAAUCGUACAGAGUUAUUUUAAAUGGGCGUCACAACAGUUCUGAGAGAAGCAAUAUUGCAUUCCAAACUUGAUGGAAACACUUUACCUAUGCGGCGUUGCUUCAUCCAUUUCCAGGGGAUGAUGGGAAAACAUUCGGGAGAACAUCUUGGGCAGGCGGCACGGUGGAAUUGCCACUUGGAUGCCAAAUUAACCUCUUGCAACACCCCCAGUACUCUAUCAAAAACUUCUUGGCCCAUGAACAGAGUUUUCCAGUGACCUGAAUGGAAGCUUCUUGGAAGAAGAGGUCUACUAUGUUUAUUAGAUUUCAGCCAGCCAAGUAGAAAGUAAAUUAUUUUUGAUUAAGCAAUAUCACACAAGCUUUUGUACAUGAGUUCAUUUAACAACAAUUUAAUAUUGAGUUUACACAGUUUAUGCAUUCCACUGCGUUGCUUUGUGAGACUGUGACGUAUGUAACUUGAGCUAAGGUCUCGCGUCUUUUGCAAUGCACAUGACAGUAUUUUAAAAAAUGUUUUUAAAAGCAAAAAUGCAUUUUCUGUGAAUGAUCCCUAGUGAUGUUUUGUUCCUAAAUGAAUCAAGAUUCUUCGAAUAAAUUGAGGAAAUUAUUCAGUGCCUACCUACUGGAUGGCGUAAUGAAUAUUGUUGACGUUAUCACUG